AUGUUUUCUGCACUUGCUAUUACAUCUACUCUUGACUGUUGCCUGUUUGCGCAUAUAUCCAUGUUGUAUCCAUAUUUGAAGACCGUCGUACUGAGCACAGUGCGUCGCCAUUCAUCUAAUGAUGUCCGGUUGUUGAGUCAAGCAAUCGAAUGGAACGAGAGGCUCGCCCCAGAGCCAGAAGAAGAAGGGGAGAGUGGUGGGAAGAAGACGAGGGUGACACGGAAGACGAGCAUGGGUAACCACCGCGCACCCACCACACCAUGGAACAUGUCUGACACAGCCAGCACCCAAGACACGCUCGCAAAACACCUCAGGCUUUAG